GGCGGCGGAGGAGGAGGCGGAAUGGGCCGGGAGUCCCUGAUGAUGGGACACCCUGGCAUGCCUCACUAUCCACCCAUGGGGAUACAUCCUAUGGGCCAGAGGCCACCUAAUAUGCCUCCAGUAUCACAUGGAAUGAUGCCUCAAAUGAUGCCUCCAAUGGGAGGACCACAAAUGGGGCAGAUGCCUGGAAUGAUGCAAUCAGUGAUGCCCGGGAUGAUGGCACCUCAUAUGUCUCAUGCUCCUAUGCAGCCUACAGGACCGCCAGGUGUGAACAGCAUGGAUUCUCAAGUUGGUUUGGCACCCCCUGGAACUCAGCCCACACCCCCAGUAGUUUGUCCUCUUCCUCAAGCUACCACCACGAACAAUUCUGCUAAUGAAGAGCCUUCAAAGCAGAAAUCACUAUGGUCAGAGCAUAAGUCACCAGAUGGAAGAACAUACUACUAUAAUAAUGACACAAAACAGUCUACGUGGGAAAAACCAGAUGAUCUUAAAACACCUGCUGAGCAAAUGUUGUCAAAAUGUCCAUGGAAGGAGUAUAAAUCUGACUCUGGAAAGCCUUACUAUUACAAUUCCCAAACAAAAGAGUCACGCUGGGCAAAACCCAAAGAACUGGAAGAUCUUGAAGCAGUGAUUAAAGCAGAAGAAAACAGUGGUAAAUCAGAAGAAACCGCUUCGGCAUUGUCUGCAGCAGUCGUUGCCACAGGGGUUCCCAUUGCAGCUCCCACUGUUGCGGAAACUCCGGCUGCCCCAGCUGCCCCAGCUGCACCUGCAGUGGCAGCCCCUGAAGCGGAACCUUCUGCUGUUGCACCUGUUGCUGAAAAUGAAAAUGCAGUCAGUGCUGCAGCCGAGGAGCAGGCUCUGCCCGUUGCCCCUAUAGUGCAGGAACAGACUGCGGAAGUUGUCGCUAACUCCAUAGAAGAAAUUCCUAAACAGGAGUCCACAGAUGUUGUCCCCAAAAAAGAUGAGGAGGAAGCCCAACCAAUUAAAAAAACCUAUACAUGGAAUACAAAAGAAGAAGCCAAGCAAGCAUUUAAAGAACUAUUGAAAGAAAAGCGUGUACCAUCCAAUGCCUCUUGGGAACAAGCUAUGAAAAUGAUCAUAAAUGAUCCAAGAUACAGUGCUUUGGCAAAGCUAAGUGAGAAAAAACAAGCAUUUAAUGCUUACAAAGUCCACACAGAGAAAGAAGAAAAAGAAGAAGCAAGAUUAAAAUACAAAGAAGCAAAAGAGUCUUUCCAACGUUUCCUUGAAAACCAUGAAAAGAUGACUUCUACGACCAGAUACAAAAAAGCUGAACAAAUGUUUGGAGAGAUGGAGGUCUGGAACGCAAUAUCUGAACGUGACCGUCUUGAAAUCUAUGAAGAUGUCCUGUUCUUUCUGUCAAAAAAAGAAAAAGAGCAAGCCAAGCAGUUAAGGAAGAGGAACUGGGAAGCAUUAAAAAACAUCCUGGACAACAUGGCUAAUGUUACUUACUGUACCACGUGGUCAGAGGCCCAGCAGUAUCUGAUGGACAAUCCCACGUUUGCAGAGGAUGAGGAACUUCAGAAUAUGGAUAAAGAGGAUGCUUUGAUUUGCUUCGAAGAGCACAUAAGAGCUUUGGAAAAAGAGGAAGAGGAAGAAAAACAAAAGAGCUUACUCAGGGAAAGGCGGCGACAGCGUAAAAACCGAGAAUCUUUCCAGAUAUUUUUGGAUGAGCUGCAUGAACACGGCCAAUUGCAUUCAAUGUCAUCGUGGAUGGAGUUGUAUCCCACUAUAAGUUCUGAUAUCAGGUUUACGAACAUGCUCGGUCAGCCUGGCUCCACAGCCCUUGACCUCUUUAAGUUUUAUGUUGAAGAUUUGAAAGCACGCUACCAUGAUGAGAAAAAGAUAAUAAAAGACAUCUUAAAGGAUAAAGGAUUUGUCGUUGAAGUGAAUACUACUUUUGAAGACUUUGUCACUGUCAUCAGUUCAACUAAAAGAGCUACCACGUUAGAUGCUGGAAAUAUCAAACUGGCUUUCAAUAGCCUGUUGGAAAAGGCAGAAGCCCGUGAGCGCGAGAGAGAGAAAGAAGAAGCUCGCAAAAUGAAACGGAAAGAAUCUGCUUUUAAGAGCAUGCUAAAACAAGCCACUCCCCCAAUUGAAAUGGAUGCAGUAUGGGAAGAGAUUCGAGAAAGAUUUGUGAAAGAACCAGCAUUUGAAGACAUCACUCUAGAAUCAGAAAGAAAAAGAAUAUUUAAGGAUUUCAUGUAUUUACUAGAGCAUGAAUGCCAGCAUCAUCAUUCAAAGAACAAGAAGCAUUCUAAAAAAUCUAAGAAGCACCACAGAAAGCGGUCUCGCUCUCGUUCGGGUUCGGAAUCAGAGGAUGACGACAGCCAUUCGAAGAAAAAGAGGCAACGCUCAGAGUCACGGUCAGUUUCUGAACGCUCUUCCAGUGCCGAAUCUGAAAGAAGCUACAAGAAGUCAAAGAAACACAAAAAGAAGAGCAAAAAGAGGAGGCAUAAAUCAGAUUCUCCGGAAUCUGAUGUUGAUCGAGAAAAAGACAAAAAAGAGAGAGAGAACGAAAAGGAAAGAAGUCGGCAAAGAUCUGAGUCUAAGCAUAAAUCGCCUCCCAAAAAGCGUCCUGGUAAAGAUUCUGGUAAUUGGGAUACCUCUGGUAGUGAAUUAAGUGAAGGUGAACUAGAAAAACAAAGGAGGACCCUCUUGGAGAACUGGAUGAAGAUCAAUAAGAAAUAUUUAUACCAAAUAUGUUUACAAUGUGAUUUAAUAAAAAUUAUAGAUGACUAAUUUCAGGAAAUGGGUUCUAAUGUUCUGAGUUCCAUUGAUAUUACAAUGGCUUUUCAGCUCUACUGCGUGACUAAAUAUCUUCAAAUACUAUUGUUGUGCGCCUGGCCGCAAAUUGGCAAAAAGAAAAAAAGAAAAAGAACAUUAAG